CCGAAAAUUGUGACGCUUGCGAUUGAGACGGCUUGUUCCGGUCCCGGCAAACAAGUGGAAAAACAGAAGUUGAAUCUUAUGGAAUCGCUCUCUGUGAAAUAAGUAGUGAAAUGUGUUGGUACAACAUUGUAGACUUAUUUGUGGUAUUUACGUGAUAUAUUAAAAUAUAACAUAAUUGCAAUUUGUCUACCCUAAUCUUACAGUAUGAUGUAAUAGUCGCGAAUGCGUUGUUUUCUCUCCUACGUUAUAUAAUUAGAUUUCAACAAAUACUUUGGAAACAUUCUGCAGCUUCUUCGCAAUAAGAAUCUAAGUCUUGGACCAUAACAUGGCUGGGGUAAUUCCAAAACGAGACCGAGAUGAAGAUAAGUAUGAGGCUGCAAAGACUGCCGUUGCAAAUAUGUGUGAAGCAGUGGCAAAAGCUGUGUUGGAAGUAUCAAAGUUGCAGUCGCUUGAUAACGAUGAAGCGGUUCGAGCUGCUACAAAGAAAAUGACAAAGAUCGCUGGACAACAAGCACAAAAAACGUGUUAUAGCAUCAUGAAACAAGUUCGACUGAGUAAAUUAAAGAAAGUUAUAGAUUCACCAUCCAGUAGUACUAGUGGGACGGAGGAGGAAAAAAAGAAAUUGGCAAAGAAAUUGAAAGCUGAAAUACUCUUCAUGGAACUUAUCGAGGUUGCUAUGAAAGGUCGUCCAGGAGCAGGAAAUUCGCCCGAAAAAGAACCACCCAAAAUAGUAAUUGCUCAUCCAUGGAAACAAAAACAGCUGUUGGGAAGAGGAGGAUUUGGAGCUGUAUACUGCGCUGUUGAUCAAAAUGGCUUGGAAUUUGCUGUAAAAGAAGUUCCUCGUGCCGGAAUUGAAGAACAGUGUCUCAGAGAUGAAGUAAAAUUUAUGGGUAAACUUACACAUAAAAAUAUUGUCAAGUUUUAUGGAUGUUCAGGAAAUAAAGAAAAGAUAUAUAUGUACAUGGAGUUAAUGCAGGGAUCAAUCUCUGAUGUUAUGGAAAAGACAAAUUCACCAACACCUGAAAUAAAAGCCAAGCAGUACACUCGUGAUGUAUUGUGUGGAUUGGUAUAUUUACACGAACAUGGUGUGAUCCAUCGCGACAUAAAGUGCGGCAAUGUACUUCUAGAUGCUGAAGGGACUGCGAAACUAGCCGACAUGGGAUUAUCUAAGGUUCACGAUCAGGAAACACUGAUCCAACAAGCUGAUUCUAAAGCAGGUUCAAUAUGCUAUAUGAGCCCUGAGGUUAUGAGAGGAAACGUCGGUGGAAAAAGAUCUGAUAUCUGGAGCGUCGGAUGUACGGUUUAUGAGAUGGUAAAGGGUUAUCCACCUUUUCUCAGAGAGUUAUCACCGUUACUCAUAGUAUUUUUACUUCCUGGAAAAAUUAUCGCAAUUGAGCACAAGGGGCUCGUUAACAGGGACAAUGGUCUUCCAGAAGGCUUGAAGAAAUUUCUGCAAAGGAUAUUUGUCAAGAUGGAAGAUAGACCUCUUGCUGAUGACAUGGCCAAAGACCCAUGGUUGGACAAAUAACUGUAAACAUCGUUUGGACACGCGCAUCAUUAUUACUAUAUAUAUUUUUGAAGAUCAACUACUACUGCAACACAUCCAGGCACCUUAUCAUUAUAUACUAACAUUUUAACGAAACUGGAAGUAUAAUCGAAUAACUCUGCACGUGAAGGGCAGCAUUUUGUAAAUGAGACAUUGAUAUUAUUUUAAAAAGUGUCUGUUGUAGUCCUUGUAUAAAUUACUCUAGACUUUUUUGAGUCGACCAACUUAUGUGGUCGAACGAUUAGUUUCAAAAUACUAAGUUUUUUAUGGUUAACAGUUGGUCAUGCUGCUGUUCAACAGUUUUCAAUGGUAAUUUGUAUUAUUUAGACUUUAGAGCAGGGCUUCCCAAACUGAUGGUUGCGCAAUGAAUUUUAAAGGUCGCCAUGAGUACACCAAUUUCACACAAAGUACCAUAUCUAUUGUACUUUUUUAGACUUUUGAUUCGAAACACAAAUUUUAAAACAGGUGCGUGCAACACAACCGAUUGCUGCCGGUACAUCUAAGCCCAAUUUUUUUUUUUUUUUUUACUUUAUAAUUUCCUAGUUAACCAAUAACGCCUGACACAUCACUCAGGGCUCGUUGGAAGUUUUGUUUUGUUUUCUACAUGCUAGAUGUCGCUCCUGGACAAUUAUUCGUACGACGUCACGCUUAUGCUUGAGUAAGCAUCAGCUUGUAAACAAACAAUCAACAUUUUUCAAUUCCUGCCGAACGCGUCAUUCUUUAUCAUAACAGCAAUCUCGCAUGUUUGGUAUCGUUGAUUUCCUAGUUGUUAUAGCAACAGAAUGAGACCGUAAGAGGUCUUAUAGCUUACGCCGUCGCAUAGUGAAGACGUGUUAUGUUUGGGCAGGUCGUGUCUUCGCGUCAGGUUGUGCGACAUAAGAAAUGUCCGAUUCCACUAAAUCAUUUGCAUCUGAAUGGUUAGGAACAAAUUUUUUGUUCUCUAUUUGCCAGAGGACACUCUCUAACGAAUAACUGCGACUGCUGACGAGACGUAAUGUGAUAGUAUAUCUUCCUACUACUGCAUAGCACAUUUCGUAAUGUGAUAGUUUAUAUUCUUGGAGUAUUUGGUUGUAUUAAGGUAGA